UAAUGUACGUUAGCAGGAAACUGUACGUUAAACCUUAAUUUUGUUUGCUUUCGGGCUAACUUGCAACCCGGUCUACAACGGCAGUGAAAGCGGUAUGAUUAGAAGGCUAUUCCGUUCAUUUCGUCCCGUACCGAGUAUUUGUUUAUAUACAUUGUGGUGGAUGGGAUAUUCGCUGGCGAAGAAUAACCUAAUGUACAAAGAAAUAAAGCACUGCCAAGAGACGACGUUCCCUGCCAAGUCCCGAAGGCGUAGGGCUGCGGGAGGACCCGCCUCGGUUUUUCGCCGGGGCGCCCCGGGGGACGAUUUCCAGUCAGAUCCGGAGUCAACCUGGAAGCGGAGAACGGGGGGACGAAGGGAACAGGGCUACUCUGGGUCUCUGGCGCGGCCGAUUCUAGUUACAGAAAGGAAUAAAACACAGAUGGAUCCCGUCUUCCAUUCCGAUGUCUCACCGGGUGAAUCUGAGUGCAAUUUUCAGGAGUGAUGACUUGUCGUGGCCUCGUGGAAGACUCAACAAAAGCGGCAGGGGCAGCUUAGCGCCCCCAACAGAAUUGAGCCUCCACGCAAAAGCUGCACACCGCAGAAAACUGAUUCCUGAUUGGCGCAGGUUUUCUUCAUUUCUGAAUUUCACAACACGCCCACACGACCAUUCCGUCCAGGACAGAAUGUAGAACUUCAAUUUGCAACACUGGCACACCGAAUGUCGUCCGUGAUGUAAACUAUGUGUUACGUGCUAG